AAGUUAGGGAGUUAGUUUAUUCUUAUUGUAUUUUUGUUUCUUUCCUUUGUUAGUUUGGUUAGUUUCUCCCUAAUAGUUAGAGGGUUUUUGUUUGUUAUGUUGGCCUUGCCCCCUCUCGAAGUGUUGACAUCCUCCCAUAUUCGUAAAAUAAAAGAACUUGUUUUUGAUAUUGAGUCAAUUGUUGGCAUUUGUUAAAGCUCCGGGGUUGGGAAUUGAACCUUGCUGCCUCCACAUAUCACCUUUUCUUAUUCGGUUACGUGGUCCUAUAGCCCUAGACUAACUGGGAACAUAACAGAAUUUGGGGGCUCGUCAAACAAAGUGGUAACAAAUUGAUGUUAUCGGUGUUAUUUGAAACAACUUUGAACAUUAUUCCGCUGGUGGAUGAUCAAAUUUGUAAAUGGUAAGUGUUCCUUUUUCUCUUUUGUCUUUGCCUGGCUGUUUUUGCUCUUUUGAUGUGGGAGAAAUAGUACUUAAGAUAUGGAGUUUGAUUUAAUCUCAUUUACAUUACUUCCCACGGUAGAAGUGUAUAAUCGUUGUCGUAAAAGGGAUUUAAUAGCUAUUGCAGACUUCUUCAACAUUAGCGUACUUAAAGAGGCGAAUAAACAGGCUAUCAAAGAGGAUUUAUAUGGGAAGUUGGUAGAAGCUGGUAUUUGGUGGCAUCAGAUAGGGAGGUUGGGAAAGAAUCUGAGACUGCUGGCUUUGAUUCUGUUCUUAACAUAGAUUCAAAAGAUUCUGGUUCAGAUGCUAUAUUGGCAAUUAAGCUAAAAUAAUUAAAUCUUGAGUUAAAGCGACAAGAAUGUGAGGCUCAGUGCAUCAGGCUUCGAGUAAUUGAAGCUGAACGGGCACGGGAUAGUGAGCGACAUGGAAAUGAGAUGGAGGCUCUUAAGUUACGUAGCAGACCUACCCCUUCACCUCAGAUUAGAUCAGCUGAGGUGCCAAUAGUAGAUUCUGCGCAUACCCGUAACCAAAGCUCUUCUGAUUCCCCUUCUGAGUCGCAUUCUAAUUUUGAUGUUAGCAGGUAUAUUAAACUUGUGCCACCAUUUAAAGAGACUGAAGUGGACUCAUAUUUCAUAGCGUUUGAACGUGUGGCUGUAAAGCUACAGUGGCCUAAGGAUAUGUGGACUCUACUUCUGCAAUGCAAUUUGACAGGUAAAGCGCAAGAGGUUUCAGCUGCAUUGCCCAUUGAACAAUCUCUUAGUUAUGACGUAAUGAAGGCUGCUGUGUUACGAGCAUAUGAACUGGUGCCAGUAGCUUACCGUCAAAAGUUUAGGGCACAUGCAAAAACAGCCAGACAAACACAUGUUGAAUUUGCAUGAGAGAAAAAAAGGCACUUUUUGAAAAAUGGUGUGUUUCUAGCAAGAUUACCACUUUUGAGCAGCUCCAGGAGUUGAUCUUGUUAGAAGAUUUUAAAGCCUGUGUCCCAGAAAGUGUUGUUGUUCAUUUGAAUGAACAGAAGGUGCAAGCUCUUACUGAUGCUGCUGUGAUAGCGGAUGAAUUUGUGUUGACGCAUCGUAACGUAUUUUCAUCUACACGUCAGGCUAAAAGUCAGUCUUCAGCUACAGAGAGCUCAGAACCGUUCCAUGCUUCUGGUCGUCCUGCUAAUUCAGAGAUGUUUGCUGGAGGUAAACAUAAAUCUAGUCCUAAGCGUACAGAAGAUAGGCGGGUCUGUUUUUAUUUUCUUGACCCAAGCUAUUUAAUUUCAGAGUGUAAGGCAUGGAAACAGAAAACUGCCUCUAAAGCCAAAAAUGUAGCGUUGGUACAAUCCGUACCAGUGUUAAAGGAUUUGGAUGUUGUUGCGUAUCAGCCUUUUCUCUCUUUUGGCUCAGUUUCUCUUUCACCUGUUUCAGAGACACAGGAGCCAUGCAGUCAUUAAUUUUGGAGAUGUUACCUUUUUCACCCGAAUCAUAUACUGGUAGUGAUGUGGUAAUUCGUGGAUGUGAAAUGGGAUGUGUUAAAGGGGGUGUAUUUGGAGUCUGACCUUGUCACAGGAACUGUUAUUCUGGGUGUGUGCUCUCGAUUACCUGUGGAUGGUGUCGGUUUUAUCCUGGGAAAUGAGCUUGCUGGGAGUAAGGUUUUUCCUAGACCCAUUGUAGUUCAUAAACCUAGUGUUGAGUUGCCUGAUCUUUCUACUCAAUUCUCUGCUGUAUUCCCUGCCUGUGUUGUGACCCGUGCACAGUCAAAGAAAUUUGGAAAUGCUAUCGACCUAUCUGACACUGUUUUCUCUUCUCAGCCUAACUGUGAAAUGUGCGAGUUGAGUGUAGUACCUGGAAUGGGUUCAGAACGUGCUGAGUCAAGUGAGGUACCCUCUCUUCCGUUAAAGGUUUGUAAGGAGGACUUGGUUGCAGCUCAGACGUCUGAUCCUUCCUUAGUUUUUUGCAUGUAUUCUGUGGUGGAAAUUAUGCGAGUGCCAGAAGUUGGAGUCACUUACUUUUUGGAGGAUGGGGUAUUAAAGCGGAGAUGGAAGCUUCAGUGUUCUGAUUUGAAUUGUCAAGAGGUUCGUCAAAUUGUGCUACCUUCUGGGUAUCGGGCACAGGUGUUACAAUUGGCUCAUGAGAAUGCAUUAUCAGGUCACUUAGGGGUGACCAAAACUUUCCAUCGAAUUUCCAAAUAUUUCUUUUGGCCAGGUCUAAAGUCAUCAGUCUCCAAAUUCGUGUGUUCUUGUCCCACUUGUCAACUGGCAGGUAACCCAAACCAAGUUAAUCAGCCAGCUCCCCUUAACCCAAUUCCAGUUCUUGGUGAGCCAUUCAGGUGACUAAUUAUUGACUGCGUGGGGCCCUUGCCUAGGUCAAAGUCAGGUUACCAGUAUAUCUUGACCAUUGUGUGCUGCGACUCGUUACCCAGAAGCAGUCCCCCUUCGCACUCUUAAAGCAAGGACAGUUGUUCAAGAGCUUAUUAAGUUUUGCUCUAUGUUUGGCCUACCAAAGGUGAUCCAAUCAGAUCAAGGUACUAAUUUUACAUCUAAGGUUUUUCACAGAUGUUAAAUGAGUUGGGUGUUAAGCACCAAUUGGUUAGUGCUUACCACCUGGAAUCUCAGGGUGCAUUGGAGCGAUUUCACCAGACUCUUAAGUCAAUGCUCCAAAAAUUUUGUAUCAAGACUGGCAAGGAAUGGGUUGAGGGCUUACCAUUAAUCAUGUUUGCUGCAAGGGAGAGUGUCCAGGAGUCACUGGGUUUCAGUCCAGCAGAGCUAGUGUUUGGGCACACUGUACGAGGACCUCUUAAGUUGAUCAGUGAGCAAUUCUUGUCACAAAGUUCUACACCUAUGCCCAUUCUUGACUAUGUCAGUUCUUUUCGUGAACGUCUUUGCAAGGCCUGUGAGAUUGCUAAAGUUAAUCUGGCUAACUCCCAGACUAAGAUGAAGGUGCAGUAUGAUCAUAAGAGUGUGGCCUGUACUUUCCAGUCUGGUGAGUCUGUGCUUGUCCUGCUUCCAGUACCUGGCUCUGCGUUGCAGGCUCGGUUUUCAGGACCUUACAUGAUUGAGAGGAAGCUAAGUGACACCAACUAUGUAAUUUGUACUCCUGAUCAGAAGAAGAAAAGCAGAUUAUGUCAUGUGAACAUGUUCAAGGCUUAUGUUGCACGGAACGUGAAUGAAGGGAGUUCUAAGCCAGUACCUGUGACUACUGUUGUUUUGCCCCAGUGUAUUGCCCUGAGGAGGAUGGAUAAAUGGCAAAAGAUGCUCCAACUUCGUGUGUCCGUUUGCAGAAUUCUGCCAUUCUGGCUAAUUUGAAGACCACCCUUUCCCAUUUGUCUGCAAGUGAGUUUGAGGCCAUUAGUAGUUUGAUUGGUAAAUAUUCCCGCCUUUAUGCUGAUGUGCCAUCUCAAACUACUGUACUAUGUCAUGAUAUUGAUGUAGGUAACAGUCAACCAAUUAAGCAACAUCCGUACAGAGUGAACCCGAAGAAGCGUGACCUUAUGAAAUCUGAGGUUCAAUAUCUGCUUGAUCAUGGGCUGGCUGUCCCUAGCCAAAGUCCAUGGAGUAUCUUAGUGCCCAAGUCUGACUCUACAGUCAGGUUUUGUACUGAUUAUCGCAAACUCAAUGCUGUGACUAAGCCAGAUUCCUUCCCACUUCCAAGAAUGGAAGAUUGUGUCGAUUGAGUUGGUAGUGCACGCUAUGUCACAAAAUUAGACUUGCUGAAAGGGUAUUGGUAAGUUCCUCUAACACGACAUGCUUCAGAGAUAUCCGCAUUUGUAAUACCUGAUGCCUUUCUGCAAUACUCUGUCAUGGCUUUUGGCAUGCGAAAUGCACCUUCCACCUUUCACAGACUCAUGAACAGAGUAUUGUCAGGAUUGCAGAAUACUGAAGUUUAUUUGGAUGAUGUUGUGGUGUGUUCCAACUCGUGGGAAGAUCACUUGGUCAAGUUGGAUGAAGUGUUUGGACGGUUAGCAGAUGCUUCACUAACUUUAAAUUUAGCAAAAUGUGAAUUUGCUAAAGCUGUAGUUGUAUACCUUGGUAAGUGUGUGGGACAGGGUCAGGUGCGACCAGUAGAAGCUAAAGUUUCUGCAAUUGUUGAAUUUCCUACACCAACUAAUAAGCGUGAGUUGAGGCGCUUUUUGGGGAUGGCAGGAUACUAUCGUGGAUUCUGCAAAAACUUUGCUGCCCUCGUUUCACCUCUUACUGACCUCCUUAGUACAUCUAGGAAAUUUGUGUGGACAUCAGAGUGUAUAAGUGCUUUUAACGCUGCUAAAGACCUUCUUUGUACCUGCCCUGUCCUUGCUGCUCCCAAUUUUGCAGACCUUUCCAGUUGCAGGUGGACGCCAGUGCUACUGGAGCUGGUGCAGUUUUGCUGCAGGAAGAUGGAGUGGGCAUUGAACAUCCUGUAUCUUUUUUCUCGAAGAAGUUUUCUAAGAGUCAACAGAAUUACAGUACAAUCGAGAAGGAGGCAUUGGCUUUAUUGUUAACACUUCAACAUUUUGAGGUAUAUUUGGGUGGAAGUGAUGGGUCCAUUACAGUUUAUACCGAUCAUAAUCCAUUGGUGUUUCUUUUGAGAAUGUCUAACUCUAACCAACGUUUGAUGCGCUGGUCUCUUAUUAUGCAAGAAUAUAACAUCGAAAUCCGGCAUAAAAAAAGAGCUGAAAACAUUGUUGCAGAUGCUCUGUCUAGAACUUAUGUUCCAGAUUAGUGAGACUUGCCCUGUGUUAUGUUUUGUAUUACAACUGUUGGCUGUAAUCCUUUUGUGGUGAGGGUGUUAUGUCCAAGGACAUAUUUGUUUUGUUUUUCCCCCCUUUUUCUCUCUCCUCCUUUACUGUCCCUAAGUAGGAUGUAAGGGCUUCCACCUGAUUCCAAUAAUUGGUGAUCUGAUGGGAUUGCAGGAGGAGAGGAAGCCAUGAGGUUUUAAGCUGCACCAUUGCACAGCACAAGUGGUGUGUGUGGAGGCUGCAUCGUGAGGAUUCUGUUCUCAACCCAGACAGCUUUAGUUGUUUGCUUGAGUUGUUGAAUAAUUCCUUUACAGUGUUAUUGUGUUAACACCCUUGUGAUAACUGGAGCCUAUUAGAAGCAAUCUGGUUUGUUCUGAAUGUUAUUAUUUGUCUGUCUGUACUUAUGUUAUUGUUUGUUUAUCUAUUAAGCUUAUUUUGUUAAUUUAUUGGGAAUGUUAGUAGAGAGGUGGGUGCCAUUUUGUUUAUGGUGUGUUUCUCCUGUUUAUGCGAGUUAGGGAGUUAGUUUAUUCUUAUUGUAUUUUUGUUUCUUUCCUUUGUUAGUUUGGUUAGUUUCUCCCUAAUAGUUAGAGGGUUUUUGUUUGUUAUGUUGGCCUUGCCCCCUGUCGAAGUGUUGACAUCCUCCCAUAUUCAUAAAAUAAAAUAACUUGUUUUUGAUAUUGAGUCAAUUGUUGGCAUUUUUUAAAGCUCCGGGGUUGGGAAUUGAACCUUGCUGCCUCCACAUAUCACCUUUUCUUAUUCUGUUACGUGGUCCUAUAGCCCUAGACUAACUGGGAACGUAACACCUAGUAAGUGGCAUCCUUGUAUUUGCUGCCAAGAACAUAUGUUAAAUUUGCAUUUAGCAGGCUAGUUUCUCCCACUGCUGGCUAUUAGUGAACUCACAGUGAUUCCGCUGAGUUAUUUGUUUGACUUCAUUUGACUUUGCUUCAUUCAGUAUAGGACUACUGUCAACAAUUUAAAUAAGCUGAGCCAAAGAUUUUUGUUAUUUAUUUUUUGUUAUUACUUAGGAAGCAUUGUCUGUUCUGUCUCACACCCUGUUUUCCACAUGUAGGUGAAAAACACUUCACUUUGUUCCCUGCUGAAAGUGUGCCAAAUGAACUUUGAACUGUUGCUAAGGAACAAUAGACAAUAAUGUUAAGAGAAAACGUCUGUACACCAGGAUUAAAUCACUGAAAGAAUGUUUAUACUUGUGUAUUUGAUGUCAUUUUUGACAGUUAUCAAUGCAGGCAAGUUCAUUUACUGCUUUUUUAUUUCAUAUAAAGUCCAUACAUGUGUGCAUUAAAGAGCAGAAGAGCAGACAAGUUAAAUGUCCAGAGUGUUACACAAUUACAAUGUUCCUUGUAGUAUAAUAGGGCGAGGAUGAGGCUCAAUAUAUUCCAGAUAUGGAGUCCAGACUUUAUAAAACUGGCUUGUUUUUUGAUGUAAUACAUAGGUAAGACGCUCCAGGGGAAUCACCUCAAAAAAUAUCUUAUGUCAGCCUCUAAAGGGGUCAUAUGACGCUGCUAAAAAAAACAUUAUUUUGUGUAUUUGGUGUAAUGCAAUGUGUUUAUGCAAUUUAAGGUUCAAAAAACACUAUGUUAAGCAACUCUCGAAAAAGGAUGUGUUAAUCUCACCUGUUUCAACACAUCCUUUUUUUUUAAGAGCAUAAUAAUACUAAACUUUCUUUGUCAGUUGACUGCAUGGAGUUAAUAAAUUAUAGACUUAAGGGCGAGGUGUCAGAAAUUGACUUGGGGAAGUACCACUUUUAAUGAUAUUAAACUGAGCAGGCAGAUUUGGUUUCUUCAAAAACAAUAAAAAGUGUUGCAGAAAUAGUCGAGCCUAACUAUAUGAAAAUAUGCAAUACUUUUUUGGAAAAAAAUUAUUAAUUUACUCAAUGUUUUUUUGUGUGUGUCUGUUGACAUGGUUUACAGUCACCAAAGCAGGUUCUCACUCACUGAUGGCUUUUGCGACAUAUAUUGUUGGACAAACACCUUUUCCUGAGUUCAGUGCUGUGCUGAUGUUGGAUGAUGUGCAAUUAGCAUAUUAUGACUCGAUCACAUGGAGUGUUGUAGGUCGCAUUCCAAGUGAUUCAAAGUACCAAAAUGAAGAGAAAAGUGAUGCUGAUAUUGUAUUUCUCGAUAUGUAUUACAGCAUGAAAGAGCGAGCAGUUUAUUUUAAGAAGCAUCUAAAUCACACAAAUAGUGUACAUGUUCAACAGAGACUUGCUGGAUGUGAACUGUUGGAUGAUGAUAAACCAGGUCUACUGCAGAGAUGGGAUGCUUUUAAUGGACAAGAAAUAGGAGAAUACACCUUUGACACAGAAAAAAAUGUCCAGACAAAAAUAAUAUGGGGGCCAUGGGGCCAAAUAACAAGACUUCAUAUGAAGUUUCUGAUUGAAAAUAUUUAUCAACCUAUUUGCAUUAAAGUUUUGCGUAGGUACUUGUACAUGACAAAGAACAAUGUCAUGAGAAAAGUUAAACCCAGAGUCAGACUCAUGAGGAAGACACUCACAGACUCUCAAGGGCUUCAGAUCAGCUGUCUGGCCACUGGUUUUUACCCCCGUCACAUUAACCUGACCCUGUUCAGAGAUGGUCAGCCAGUGGAAGAUAAUCUGAUCACAGGAGGAGAGAUUCUGCCCAACGGAGACGGAACUUACCAGAUAAGGAAGAGUUUGGUGAUCAGUGAAAAAGAGCUACGUGGGGAACAUAAAUACAACUGCACAAUGAAGCACCUCAAUCUGGACAACAAACUGGACAUUACAUUUGAUGUUGCUGAAUAUGAGCCAGGAUUAUCUACUCAGUCUGUAGUUUUCAGUGUGCUGGUGUUCAUGUGUGUGGCUGUUCUCAUCAUAACUGCACUCAUCAUAUGGAGGAAGAGACGAGCUGCUGGACAAGGAUUCAAGACGUCACAAAGUGAUAACUCUCUUACUGAAUCUUCCACCCAUGAUUAAACAUGACAAGUGAGUCUAUGGUCCUACAUUAAAGUCAAGACAACAUGCAAAAUUUUGCAACAUAAAAAUGAGCCUAUGUGGUCUGAAAUCAUAUUGUUUAAAGUGCCCCUAUUAUUCAAUUUUUAAGGUUCAGCUUAUCUUCUUGUUUGUUAGUGACCAUUCUAAAAUAUGUGAUGUCUUUGAUGUUUUGUGAAUUUCAUCCGUUUUUAUAAGGCUUUCUUUUGUAUGGUGAUGUCAUGUUUUGUCCGUUAUGCAGCACUUUGGUCAGCACUCAUGUUGCUUUUUAUGGUGCGAUAUAAAUAAAUAAACCUGACCUUGACCUUGACUUUGACACAGAACUAUUGUAUUCCGUCACAGAGGACUGUGACUGACUGCAAUGCAUCGUAAUAUGGACUACCUUUUGUACUGUUUUUGACAUUUUUACAAUUAAUAAAUUGUGAUUGUAUUAUAAA